AUGUGUCCUGCGAUGGCGCGCACAAUCAGAUCCUCGGUCGCGGUCCUCGGCGCCGGCUCGCAAGGGCGGCGACUGGCCUACAUGUGGUCAAGCAGGGGCAAGGAUGUCCAUCUCAUUGACGCUGCGCCCAAGCAGCUCACCGCCAGCGUCGAGGCUGUUCAGAAGUUUCGCACCGAGUCGAAAGCCAGAGAUGGCUUCGGCACAAUACGCACGCACGCCCCAAGCACCCUUGCCGACGCGUUGCAGGACUCUUGGCUUGUUGUAGAGUGUGUCCCGGAGAGGUUGUCGUUGAAACAGCAGGUCAUGGCUGAGCUUGACGCGCUGGCGCCCGAGGAUACGAUUAUCACGCGUUUUGAGCGCGCACACUUACUGGCCACCGGAGACGACAGGUUUGUCUUCGCCCGGCCCGUGCCAGCAGCGAGUCAUCUAAUGACAGGUUUAGUGAUUGAGAUUAUGGGCCAUGACAAUACCGACGCGUCGCUCGUUGAGGUCAUGAUGAAGCGAUGCGCUGAGCAUGGCUUCUCGCCAUUCCACGUCAGGACGGACUCUAUGGGCUACAUUUACAACCGAAUCUGGGCGGCGAUAAAGAGGGAGGCACUCCUCGCUGCUUCGGAAGGCGCCGGCACGCCGGAAGAGAUUGACAGUAUCUUCCGCGGCGUGCUCAAGACGGCCAAGGGGCCCUUUGAGCUGAUGGACAUUGUUGGGCUGGAUGUCGUCCUCGACAUUGAGCAGCACUACGCUGCCGCCCGUGGAGACAUUCCCGUUGAGCCACAGCAGUAUCUCAACCGCUUCUUGCAGAAGGGGCACCUGGGCGUCAAGAGUGGUCAGGGCUUUUACACAUACAGCGACCUAGCAUCAGCGUAG